CGCGGGCCCCGCCCCCUCCCGUGUCCAUGGUAACGGGCCGUACACACGGGCAGGCGGCAUGAUCUGGGAGUGGGAGCUGACAGCGGUGCAGAAGAGAAACUCGUUUGGAUCAUGUCAAGAGAGGAAAAUUUUCCCCUUUCACCAUGCCCCAGACCGACUGGGGAACCAGCUGGUCCCUAUCCUUGGGGACCCCUAUCGUGGGCCCGGGAGUUACAACAAUGACGAGAGGAGUAGCAUGGUAUAUGCCUUGACUCAUAAACCAGAGAGCACCAAAGGUUACAUACUGGGAGCAAGAACAUCCCUACGUUUCCCACCAGAUUGUAAGACAGAGACUCCUGGCCCUGGAACACACCAAUCAGCAUGGGGCAAAGACCGAAAGUUCCAGCCUGCCUAUGCCCCAUUUUCCAUCAAGUCAUCACGAUUUCCACAGAAGGCUCUGGAUAGAGAGCUUUUCCCUGGACCUGGAACUUAUGAAGCAGACAAGCUGCCACAUAAGAAAAUCACCUGGCCAAUGAAGUUUGGGUCUCCAGAUUGGUCUUUAGUACCGAUGCCAGAGAGGAGGACUCUGAGAACAGAGCUGAUUACAGAUAAAGAAUUCAGGAAACAUCGGAAUCGAUUGGCCUACUUGAGCUUAUACUACAGCUGAAUAGUUCUACCCAUCAGAGCGCAUCUUUUCCUUUCCAGUUAAGUUUCUCAGUUCUGUUUUAGCGGCACCAAGAAUCGGGGUGUGUGCUAUGCUAUGCAUGCUCUGCUAUGCUAUUCUGACUCCAGAAUUAGGCUGCUUCAUAAAGAACUGAUCAGUGUUUACA